AUGGCGAGUUUAAAUCUGCGUGCAUCUGCACAAUCAUCAUUUGUUCGUCUUGGGAAAAUUACCGAGGCGGCCAACUUUGAUCCAGAUCCCAUAGAGUGCGAGGUUAUGCUGGCGCAAGUGAACAAACAUUUUGAAAGGUUUGCAGAGUAUCACGCGGAUCUAGUAUCUCUUGCACAGGCCAGCGAAUUGGAAGCCCGCGACGAAUGUUUCGCUGCUACUGAAACGCUCUAUACCAAUAUUUGUGUUCGAGUGCGUAGGAGAAUGGGCGGUAAAGGCAAUUCAGAGCCCAAGCCUCCUGUGACCAGUCAACAGGAUAUGCGGUUAGAUCCAAUUAAAAUUCCAGUCUUUGAUGGUGAUCCGGCGAAUUGGUUGUCUUUCAAAGACCUGUUUGAAUCACUGGUCCACAACCGCACUGACUUAGAUUCCAGCUACAAGCUGAGUAAAUUGCGUCAACAUGUCAAUGUAGAUAACGGGCCAUUGGUUGGAGGCCUAUACACCGGUGGCUACGAGGACAUGUGGAAGGAAAUGAAACGUAGGUAUGACAAUAAGCGUUUGUUAGUUGAGUCGCAGGUUAACCGCCUCCUGGAUUUGCCGAAUCACCCGACGGAAUCGCAGAAGACCCUUCUUCGAGUUGUCGACACCGUACAAAACGCUAUGCGAGCGCUAGCUGUAAUGGAUCUUCCAGUAACUCAAUGGGAUGCACUCACAGUGCCACUUCUGCUGCCCAAGCUACCAACUACCACGCGGUAUGAGUGGGGCAUGAGUCUCCAGACUAACAACAUUCCCAAUUUGCAUGACUUCAUAACAUUCAUUGAGAAGCGCGCAAACAAUUUGCUUCAGGCGGCUUCUAAUGUAGCAACGACGCAUCGACAACCAGCAACACGGUGUGUCAAGGCACAUGUAGCAGCCGUUAAUUCAUCUCAAUCUUCCCGUUCAAGGAAGGCGGCCAGUAUUUCUUGCCCAUUGUGCGCAAGUCCACAUCGCCUUCACAAGUGUCAGCGGUUCCUCAACCUUCCGGUAACAGAGCGCUGGGACACCAGAGUCGACCAUGGGGCGCGAGAUUGCCCGUCGCGGGAUUGUAUACGCUGCCAUCACCGGCACCACACACUUCUCUGCAGAGAAGAAGAUACAGUCAGUGCACCAGCAGCCGAAGUAACGAACACAUCAGUAGUGCCGACUCGUAACUCUAAGCCAGGUAUAUCUGUAGAGCACACGCCGCAGGUAUACCCACGACAACAAUGA